GUUGGGGGAAGGGCCGCUAGCGAGCUGAGGAGCCUAGGGGCGGGGUGGGAAGGAGGAUCGGCCAACCCCGGGGUGUGGGACUGAGGGGUGCGUGUGUGAGGAGUGUGGGGCCGACCAGGAAGGUGGCGAAGGGCGGAGAGUCCGGGUGGGAGGCGGGAGGGGUCUCGCGGGCGCGGAGCGCGGCGGGUGGCGGGCCGAGAGCGAGGGUGGCGGCUCCCUCAGGACCCGGCGCGGGCGGCGCGAUGCGGCGGGUCACGCUGUUCUUGAACGGCAGCCCGAGGAACGGCAAGGUGGUUGCUGUAUAUGGAACUUUGUCUGACUUGCUCUCAGUAGCCAGCAGUAAACUUGGCAUAAAAGCCACCAGUGUAUAUAAUGGGAAAGGCGGACUGAUUGAUGAUAUUGCUUUGAUCAGGGAUGAUGAUGUGUUGUUUGUGUGUGAAGGAGAACCAUUUAUUGAUCCUCAGACAGAGGCUAGACCACCUGGAGGAUUGCUAGGAUCCCACACAGACUGGCUCACAUUAAAUGUAGGAGGACGAUACUUUACAACAACAAGGAGCACUUUAGUGAAUAAAGAGCCUGACAGCAUGCUGGCGCACAUGUUCAAGGACAAAGGUGUCUGGGGAAAUAAGCAAGAUCAUAGAGGAGCUUUCUUAAUUGACCGAAGUCCUGAGUACUUUGAACCUAUUUUGAACUACUUACGUCAUGGACAGCUUAUUGUAAAUGAUGGCAUUAACUUAUUGGGUGUGCUAGAAGAAGCCAGGUUUUUUGGUAUUGACUCACUGAUUGAACACCUAGAAGUGGCCAUAAAGAAUUCCCAACCUCCAGAGGAUCAUUCACCAAUAUCCCGAAAAGAAUUUGUUCGAUUUCUGCUGGCCACUCCGACCAAGUCAGAGCUGCGCUGCCAGGGUUUAAACUUCAGUGGUGCUGAUCUUUCCCGUUUGGACCUUCGAUACAUUAACUUCAAAAUGGCCAAUUUAAGCCGCUGCAACCUCGCACAUGCAAAUCUCUGCUGUGCUAAUCUUGAACGAGCUGAUCUUUCUGGAUCAGUGCUCGACUGUGCAAAUCUCCAGGGAGUCAAGAUGCUCUGCUCCAAUGCAGAAGGCGCAUCCCUGAGGCUCUGUAAUUUUGAGGAUCCUUCAGGUCUUAAAGCCAACUUAGAGGGUGCUAAUCUGAAAGGUGUGGACAUGGAAGGAAGCCAGAUGACAGGGAUUAACCUCAGAGUUGCCACCUUAAAAAAUGCAAAACUGAAGAACUGUAAUCUCAGAGGAGCAACCCUGGCAGGAACCGAUUUAGAGAACUGUGAUUUGUCGGGGUGUGACCUCCAGGAAGCCAACCUGAGAGGCUCCAAUGUGAAGGGUGCCAUAUUUGAAGAGAUGCUGACACCAUUGCAUAUGUCCCAGAGUGUCAGAUGAGAGUGGCAAGAGCUGGAGGAAGAUGUCACAGAUGAAAACGUUUCCUUAUUUUAUUUCUCCAUCCAUCGAGUUGUCUAGUGGAGAUAAAAUUGUAAGGGAAUUUAAGGCAUAUGCUUGUUCCCAGAGGUGCAUAAGGGGAAAGAACUGAAUUUCCCGUCAUUGGGACUGUAACAGAAGAACACUCUGUUCAUAGAUGGAGGAGCAGUAGGUCAUGCUGCUGCAUUUUGAGUGGAGUUGGGGCAUUUGUCUGGCUUCUGACCAGGAGUAGUAGCUAUUAUAUUUGCUUUUAUUUAGGCAUUGUGUGAAAGUGCCAUCUUGGUAUAAGAUGCAUUUGAGAAUUUUAAUUUAUGAAAAGCACAACAUAUGCAAAUAUAUUUAUUGAAUACCUAGAUGCAGUAAGGAUGUUUAAGUUGUUAAACGUCUUGAAGACUCUGAAGAGUUGUUCAGGUUUAUAAAUAGCUUUAGUGAUGCCUUCCCCUUCACACACCUAUCUAUCACGUGAGGGUGGUUCGCUUAAGACUCCCUAUGGCUCUUUUGAGAUUCAUUUCUGUAAUGUUUACUUUUAAAGAAGAAAACAGCUAAAUUUGAGUCAUAUUCUGUUCUCACAUUUUGAGACACAAUGGAAGGAAAGCUCUUGUGUAUCAUUCUGCAGAAGGAAGGAAGGAUUCGCCAAUCGCUGCAGCUGUCUAGUGAACAUGCUUUGGCUUCAUUAUAGGCAAGUUCCAUUCUGCAGGAGACUAGGCUACUCUAUCCCUGCACUAGUCCAGUUCUUAUGCUCAGUUGUCACAAACACAGGAAGAUACUUCAGAACCAAAAUACAAGCUUUAUCCUGACCACAGUUCAUGUAAUGCCAAUUAGUUUAUACACAACUAGCUUAGAAUAGACAUUCAAUCUAAAUCUACUGCAGGUGGAGCUAUAUAGUAUGAAUAAAUCCUGCAGUCGCCUACAUACAGGAAGGCAACAUCAGAUAAUUAUAGCUGAAACCCUACAGUGGGGACUAAGAAAUUUUAAACUGAUGGCUUGAUGAUAGCCACCAAAAAGGGUUGAUGAACAGAAAAGAAGCAUUUGGCUACUAUACGCUGCACUAUGUUAGUACCUGUGGCUCUUUUUUUUUUUUUUUAAAUAUUUGCUGUUGUUUGUCUUGUUUUUAAAUGAAAGUUUAGUCCGGUUUUCUUGAGUCAUUAUCUGUGAACACAGCAGUAGGGCCUUUACUUUACUAGUGGGUGUCCCAGUGUCCUUAUGUGUUGCCCAAAAGCAGGGAAGAAGCUGUGUCCAAAUGGGUUCUAAAUCCUACAGGCUGGUCAGCUUGAGGCGGUGAAUCAUUACAGAUGACCUUGUCUCCUUCAGGAGAGUGGCAUGUCUUCAUUAUUCUGUAGCUUAUUCUUAUAUCUACAUAUGCAAAGCUUUCCUUCACAGUAAAGGGCUUCCAUGGGAAGGAGAGCACUCCUUUACAGGGAAAGGAAAGCAAUUUCAAAAAUGAAUUAUUUUCUUUGUGUUAUUAUUUUUACCAAGACAGAGAAGUAUUGUAUUGAGAGAUACCUAUUUUCAUAAUCAAUAUGUGCCUAAAUUAUAUUUAACUCAUUUCACUGCACUCUAUUUUCAAUAAUUAUAGACUGUAUUCAUUCACUGAAUGGUCCUCUGCAGACAGACCUGAGGCUGCAGAAGGAGCUGAAAGAUGUAAACACAGCGUGCUUGGGAACUGCGGGGUUCAGAUCUGAUGUAAACUGCAUUAAUAAAUGGUGUGGAACGCUGA